AUGCCUGAUUUAAUCAUCAUUACCGAAGUCCCGUUGACUAUCUACACUGGUGGUAGUUCAUCUGGUACUUUUACUAUACCCCAAAACGGUAGCAUUCCCCCAACGAUUGUGAUAACAAAAGUCCCAGUUUUCAGCUAUACCUCUGGACCUGUGGCCGGAACAAGCACUCGAAGCGGUACAGGGUCGAUUCCUGAUACCAUAAUCAUUACACAAACUCCGAUUACAGUCUUUACGGCUGGAAGCCUGGCUGGUUCGCUAACCAUCCCACAGAGUGGGAGCAUUCCGCCAGCUGUAAUCAUAACGAAAGUCGCGGUAUUCAUCUACACCUCUGGAUCUGUUCCUGGGACAAGCAUCCACAGUGGUACAGGCUCAGUACCCGAUACCAUUAUAAUAACGGAAACUCCUGUCACCAUCUACACCGCUGGCAGCCAAGCUGGCAGCUAUACCGUGCCGCAAAAUGGUAGCAUUCCGCCAACCAUUAUCAUAACACAAACGACGGACACAGUCUAUACAACAGGCGAUAUGGCUGGGACCUCUAUCGUCGCGCAGACCGGGGAUAUGCCACCGACUGCCAUUGUAACAAAAGUUGCAUCUCUGAGCUUUACGACAGGAUCUGUUUUGGGGAUCUCUACAGCUCUGGGCACCGGAUCGACACCUGAUGUUAUAAUCAUUACUCAGGUAGCGUCAACACUCUAUACUGCCGGCGUAAAGGCUGGUACAUCUACUGUCCUGCAAAGUGGCAGCAUCCCACCAACUAUAAUCAUCACCCAAACCACAGAUAUUGUUUACACAGAUGGUACUUUAGCUGGGACAUUAACCGUUUUGCAAAGUGGUAGCUUUCCACCGACCCUGGUUAUCACACAGAUCAUCGAUACGAUAUACACUGCUGGCAGCCAGGGUGGGAUCUUUACCGUGCCACGAAACGGCAGUAUCCCUCCAACUGUAAUUGUAACACAAAUAUUCGACACAAUUCAUACGGAUGGAAACGUCGCCGGAACCCUUACUAUUCCGCAGAAUGGUAGUAUGCCGCCAACACUAGUUAUCACCCAGACCACCAAUACGGUCUAUACUGCAGGUAGUCAGGCUGGAACUUUCACCGUCUCACGAAACGGUGUCGCGCCACCGUCUCUGAUCAUUACUCAGACAACUGACACGAUCUUUACAAAUGGCAAUGUUGCAGGUACUCUUACUAUUUCACAAAGUGGCACCAUGCCGCCAACUGUGGUGAUAACUCAGACAGUUGCUACCGUGUACACUAUUGGGAGCCAAGCAGGGACAUCUACCGUCUUGAGGAUUGGAAGUCAACCACCAACAGUAGUGAUUACUGAAACAAUCGAAGUAGUCUAUACGGCCGGUGAAUCGCCAGGAACCUCAACUAUUCCUCAAAAUGGGAGCAUUCCGCCAACAAUCAUCAUUACGCAGAUAACCUACACAAUUUACACAGCAGGUAGUAUUGGCGGGACCUUUACAGUUCCACAGAGCGGAAGCAUCCCACCAACCAUUAUCAUUACUCAGACCACCGAUACAGUUUACACAGCGGGUAGUAGUGCGGGCACUUUCGUUAUCCCACAAAGAGGGAAUAUUCCACCAAAGAUCGUGAUAACUGAAACAACAGAUACUAUUUACACGGCAGGUGUGUCAGGUGGGACUUUGACGGUCCCACAGAACGGGAGCAUUCCCCCACGUAUAAUCAUCACCCUGGUAACAAUCACAAGCACGACUUUGGGAAAUACGGCAGGGACGUCGACUAUACCACAAAGGGGCAGCAUUCCUCCCACCAUUGUCAUUACCAUCGUUACUAGUGCAACUUCUCCAUCAAGCUCAAAGUCGAGUGAGAUGGGCUCCCCGACGAGCACUGCCACGUCAGAUUCGAGUAGUGUUAGCAAUGCUGUACCUAUCACUACGAGUAGUCAGACUUCGAUAGCGCCAAGUACCACUCAGAAUGGUUCAAUGAGUGACACACAGAGAUCAUCAGCAACGUCCAGCGAAUUAUCAACAGACACUUCUACUACAAGUAUGCUGGAAUCGACCACAGUGAGCAGCAUAAUUACAUCGACUAGUUCGACGUCAUCAGUAUCUGAUACAAGCACUAUGUCGGCCUCGGCGACAAGUACGUCAUCAGAGCCAACUAACUCUACCUCCACCUCCGAGGCAGCUGUCACAACCAUCUCGAAUGUGGAGAUUACAGCAAUCACAUCAGUCUCCGACUCAAGUUCUUCGGAAACUUCAUCUACGGAACCUUCCUCUGCGGGCUUCUCUAUUACAAAUCUUUCCACCACGGACACUCCAACUACGGAGCCCUCUACAGCUGUAGAGUCUUUCCCUUCUACAGAAUCCUCUUCUACAGAGCCUUCUACUACAGAACCUUCUACUACAGAACCUUCUACUACAGAGCCUUCUACUACAGACCUUUCCACCACGGAUUCUCCAACUACGGAGGUUUCUUCAGCUACAGAGUCUCCCUCUUCUAUAGAGCCUACUAUUACCGAUACUUCUAUUACAGACUCUUUUACUACAGACUCUUCUGCUACGGAUGCAUCAUCAAGCUCGAGCACAGAUGUCACAGAUUCGUCUGCAUCUGUGAUAUCAUCAACUACAGAACCGACAUCGACUGAUACUGGCACGUCUAUCCAGGAUACCUCUACAUUAACACCAAGUGAUCCGAUAUCUACAAGCACAACGUCUUCCAGCAGUACAUCAGAGGCUGAGACGUCGACUGUAACUGAUUUGACAACUACAUCCUCAAGCUCAUCAUCUUUGCCAUCAACGUCAGAUUUGACUUCGAGCUCAUCGUCGACAACCACAUCAACAUCAGAGACUACAGAAGUUACAGCCUCAUCAACGACUUCUUCUAGCUCGUACGUUAACCUUUAUGACGAGUACAUCCUCAUCUAUUACGACCUCGUCUUCAAGCUCGCCUUCAAGCACGACCAGCACCACAAGCUCUUCCCUCACUCAACAUCGUCGUCCACAUCAACGUCGUCCACCUCCACAAGUUCAAGCGCAGGCCCAACACUUGAGUGCGAUCCUAGUGGGUACCUGAUUCAAACAACAUCGCUCUACCGAAUCAAUAUCACCACAGGAGCGUCUACACUGGUAAAGGGUGGUGUUGGGAAUGGUGUUGGCAGCAUCAACGCAAUGGGUUACAAUUACGCAGACAACUAUUUGUACGCAUCUAUCGGCACCACAGCAAGACUGGUUCGCAUCGCCGCCAAUGGUGAUACCACACUGCUAUCUUCUUUCAACAUCACAGGCUCCCUCAACUGCGGCGACGUUGACGAGAACGCCAUUUACUGGGGAUCGCAAGCUGGAAGCCUGUGGGUAGAAGUCGACCUGCGGCCAAACUCUGCAAACUUUGGUAGGCAGAUCAAUACAGGCACAGCAACUCCUCCCUACAACAUUAUUGACUGGGCAUACGUUCCGGGUGGUGGUGAUGCAUUGUGGGGACUUGGAUUCGAUAGCUCCCAGGGCCUGGCCCAGGGUCAGACAUACCUGAUGCGAUUCGACAGAACAAAUCACACAUGGACCAGAUUGACAAACUUUGGUCAGAUAGCCAGUACCCAGAACGCUAGUGCCAAUGCCUGGGGCGCCGUUUAUGCCUCGGAUGAUGGGUUCCUCUAUGGCUCAGAGAACAACAGUGGUGAGAUUUGGAGAUUUCCGUUACCCAACUCAAAUACAACAACCGCAGUCAAGAUCUCCAAUGGUCCAAAGUCAUCAUCAAACGAUGGAGCUCGAUGUAUCAAGGCUGCCAACGUUUGA